AUGUCAAUAUCGUGGAGCAAUGAAGAAACUUUCAAGUUUAUUGAUUUAUAUCAAUCUGAGCCCGCACUUUGGGACCUAAAUACUGCACUGCACAAGGAUAAGAACAAGGUGAAUGAUGCAUGGAAUCGCAUUGCAGACUCCCUGCAAAUUCCUGUUUCGGAACUUAAAAAAAAUAAAGAGACAUUGAUGUCAGCAUUUCGGAUGCAUUUCAAAAAAAACAAGAUUCGAUCCGAUCUGGCUAUUCUCAAUAAAGACCAACAAAAUAAAAUAGAGGACGACUGCGAUUUGUAUGGGAGGCUUCUUGCUAACAAACUCAGAAAAUAUUCAGAUAAUGAGAGACAAGAAAUAAUGUACGAUAUUGAUGGAUUACUAUUAAACGGCGUCGCAAUUGUAGUCCUCACCACCAGCUAUUCUUGUCCAUCACCGUCGUCACCUUGGAUCAAUCGCCCCUCAUCAUUAACGUCUUCAAAUCAUUCUUAUAUUAUAAUUACUUCUCCUAUACAAAGCCCAUCACCAAUUCCACCUGCGCAAACUCCAUCCCCUCUUCCACCUACUGAACUCCCUAAUGCCUCAUACACACAAGAAGUCGUUUAUCAAUCCCCCAACAGAAUCCAUACACCUGUCCCUACGAUCCAUAUACCUGAGGGAUCCAUGCAAAUAAUUUCUGACGAAUUGUAUUCUCAGACACAGAGUCAGUCUGAAAAUAUUUUGGCUGAUGCUUAUGCAAGAGCUUUGAAUAACGAUUGUAAAAUAACCAAUUAA